AUGUCCAUGCGUAUGCUUGCUCGUCAAACUACUGCCCUGCGCUCGGCUGCGCGCGGCGCUAUGUCGGCCCGCCUUGUGGCUGGCUCGCGCGUGCCGCAAGUCGUUCGCGCUCCGGCUGUUCGUGCCUUCUCCUCGUCGGUGAUGCGUGCGGAGGAGUACGAGAACCCGUUCGGUCCCAACUCGCUGUACAAGUACACCGAGGAGGAGGAGAUGCUCCGCGAAGCUGUUCGUCGCUUUGCUGAGACCGAGGUUCAGCCGCUUGUUGAGCAGAUGGACGAGAACGAGAAGAUGGACCCCAAGAUUAUCAAGGGUCUCUUUGAGCAGGGCCUCAUGGCCAUCGAGACCUCGCCGGAGCUGGGUGGUGCUGGCUCUGGCUUCCUGUCAGCUGUCAUUGUGAUUGAGGAGCUGGCCAAGGUUGACCCGUCCGUGUCGGUGUUGUGUGAUGUGCACAACACGCUGGUCAACACGGUGCUGCGCAAGUACGCCAACGACCAGCUGCGCGAGAAGUACAUGCCCUCGCUAUCGGAGGGUAUGCUUGGUUCGUUCUGCUUGUCGGAGCCUGGCUCGGGCUCUGAUGCGUUUGCCAUGAAGACCUCGGUGAAGAAGUCCGACGACGGCAAGCACUACAUCAUUAAUGGUUCGAAGAUGUGGAUCACCAACAGUGCUGAGGCUGAGUUCUUCAUCGUGUUCGCGCAGGGUGACGCCUCGAAGGGCUACAAGGGUAUUUCGGCCUUUGCCGUGACCAAGGAUAUGGGUGUUGAGAUUGCCAAGAAGGAGCGCAAGCUCGGUAUCCGUGCGUCGAGCACUUGCACUGUGAACUUCGACGAGGUCAAGGUGCCUGUGGAGAACCUCAUCGGUGAGGAGGGCAAGGGUUACAAGAUUGCCAUUGAGAUUCUCAACGAGGGUCGUGUGGGUAUUGGUGCCCAGAUGGUGGGUCUUGCCCAGGGUGCCUUUGACAAGGCUGUGGCGUACGCCUUCGAGCGUGAGCAGUUUGGCCAGCCGAUUGCCAAGUUCCAGGGUAUGCAGUUCCAGAUGUCGCAGAUUGCCACGGAGAUUGAGGCGGCUCGCCUCAUGGUGUACAACGCUGCUCGUCUCAAGGAGGAGGGCCGUCCCUUUACCAAGCAGGCUGCUAUGGCCAAGCUCUUUGCUAGCCAGGUUGCUGAGCGUGCUGCUGGCAAGGCCAUUGAGUGGUGCGGUGGUCAGGGCUUCACCCGUGAGCAGGGUAUUGAGAAGUUCUGGCGUGACAGCAAGAUCGGUGCCAUCUACGAGGGUACCAGCAACAUUCAGCUGCACACCAUUUUCAACCUCCUGGCUAAGGAAAAGGGCUUCUAA